CUACCCGAGGCGGCCGCCCCUCCGCUCUCCGACGGCAAAGACAACACGGCCGCACGUGGCUGGGCUCCGGGUGUGAGCCACGCCGGGCACCUUCUCAGCCACUCGAGUGCCGGGCAGGGGAGAGGGGCGGCCGCGGGAGACCGCGCACGCAGCGCCUGUCGCCCGAGGGCAGCGGAGAGUGACAGCAGCCCGGCCGCCAGGGCAGCUUCGGGCGAAAGGCGGGCGAGGGCUCCCUCUCCUCGGCUCCGCGCUGUCUUCGCUGCGGCGCGCGUGUCUUGCCGGGCGGGAGCGGGGAGGAGCCCUUCAGGACUGUCAAAGCCACCAGGACCCGGAGAGAAAAGGAGAGAGCUAGAAACGGUCGAAUCGAUCGGGGAGUCAGACGGCAACGGGCACUUAGAAACUGUCAAAUGGCCCAGAGAGAGAGAGAGAGAGAGAGAAGGGGAGGGACGCUGAGGCAAACUCUGCGCUGAGGCAAAGCGGCGGUGACCGCCUCAGAAGUGCAGAAGCCCGGAGGGGCUUGGGGGGAGCGCCAGGUGGGCCGGCACCCGAGGCGGGACGAGGUCUUGGAUAGCAACGGACGCUUCUCCUUCGCUCUUUCCGUGUCCCCGUCCCCCCGCGGCCACCGCUUCGCCCGAGUGCCCGAGCCGUCCCUCCCAGCUUAUUGUUACGAGCGCCUCCGCCUCUCGGGGCCCGGGGCCGAAAGCCACCCCGCUCCGCCUGCCGCGGGAAGGUAGCGCGCGGGGGAAAGGGAAAAAAAGGGGACUUUGUUUCUUUAAGGGGCUGUCAGAUGCCUCCUCCGCACGCUCCCUCCCUCCCCCCUCCCUCCCCAUCUGGGCGCCCCCUCCCCUCCCCGCUUCAAAGAGCGCUACCAGCCUUUAAAAGGUUUGACACCCGGGAGAGGCGAGCGCGGUCGGAAUGCUUCGCCCUGACCCGAGGAGAGCGCGGAGAAGUCCGCUCUCUUUCCCCUGCCGGUGACAGCCCUUUUGCCGAGAGCUCUUUUGUUGCCUCCGCAGCCAAUCAAGGCUUUUUACGACACAGUUCAGUUGGGAUAUAAAAGGAGAGUCCUUCUUUCUUCCCCCCCCUCCUCUCCUUCCCCCAACCAGCAAGUCGCCCCCCCCAUCUCCAACCCCAAAGAACUUAGCGGCGGCGGCGGCACCACCCCCCAAGCACCCAGCAGCUGCAGCCCAUCAUCCCGAGGCCGAGCCAGAGCGAUUGUGCUCCGCGAGAGAAAGGAGCGGGGCUUGCUUGGCUAGGGAGCGAGCGAGCGGAGAAGCGCCAGACAUGCCGGUGCCCAAGUCGACCGUCUUCUGGGGCUUCCUGGUCCUGUCCCUGGAGUUCUGCGCGGGCGAGCCCGGCGAAAAGGCGCCCACGGAGGGCGUCCCCUUGGUGACAGAAGCCGAGGACCAGAGCUGCCCGGUGUGCCUUUGGCGCAAGCACAGCAAAGAGAUGAGGCUGGAGAGCAUCAAGUCGCAGAUCCUCAGCAAGCUGAGGCUCAAAGAGGCGCCCAACAUCACCCGCGAGGUGGUGAACCAGCUGCUGCCCAAAGCCCCGCCGCUGCAGCAGAUCCUGGACUUGCACGACUUCCAGGGGGACUCCUUCCAGCACGACGACUACCUGGAGGAGGACGAGUACCACGCCACCACCGAGACUGUUAUCAGCAUGGCUCAAGAAACGGACCCAGUGGUACAGAUCGAAGGCAAUCCACAUUGUUGUUUCUUCAACUUCAGCCCCAAAAUUAUGUUCACCAAGGUAGUAAAGGCACAGCUCUGGGUGUACCUAAGGCCUGUUCAACACACAUCCACAGUUUAUCUACAGAUCCUGCGUCUUAAGCCGGUGACAGAAGAUGGGAGCCGACAUAUCCGUAUCCGCUCACUCAAGAUUGAUCUGAAUUCACAUAUUGGCCACUGGCAGAGCAUUGAUUUCAAGCACGUGCUCCAGAACUGGUUCAAGCAGCCUCAGAACAACUGGGGUAUUGAAAUCAACGCUUUUGAUCCCAAUGGCAAUGACCUGGCCGUGACUUCUCUUGGGCCUGGUGCUGAAGGCCUGCACCCGUUCAUGGAACUGCGUGUGCUGGAGAACAACAAACGGUCCCGAAGGAAUCUAGGCUUAGACUGUGAUGAGCACUCAACGGAGUCCCGCUGUUGCCGUUACCCUCUGACUGUUGACUUUGAAGCUUUCGGCUGGGAUUGGAUAAUUGCCCCGAAGCGGUACAAAGCCAACUAUUGUUCAGGCCAGUGUGAAUAUAUGUUCAUGCAGAAAUAUCCCCAUACCCACUUGGUGCAGCAAGCCAAUCCCCGGGGCUCAGCAGGGCCAUGUUGUACACCCACCAAGAUGUCUCCCAUCAACAUGCUGUAUUUCAAUGACAAACAGCAGAUAAUCUAUGGCAAAAUCCCUGGCAUGGUGGUUGACAGGUGUGGAUGCUCUUAAACUCCCAGCCUGUUCUGUUCCAUUCUUUUUCCUGUUUCUCUCCCCCCCCCACCCCGCCCGGAUUCUUGCUUUCAAGGAUGCACCCUGACAUUGAUGAAUCCAUUCAUUAGCAUUUUAAAACACUUUUGAAGAGAAAGUAAUUGUGGGAAAAGAACAAAACGAACAGAAUUGUAUCGAAAAUCUCUUAAGUUACAACAUGCGCUGUGCAAUAAUCAAAACAGACAUCGCAUUAAUGGAGAGCGGAUGAGUUGUCUUGGAUCGAUACUUCCAUUCCUGAGUCAGAUCUGAAACAAGCAUUCUUCUCUCCUCCUCAAGCUCUUUGUUUGAACCAACAUUUCUCGAGCUUUACUUUUACUGGCAUUCUCUCUUCCCAACGCCCCCCCACCCCACUUUUCCUCUCUUGAUCUGAGACGCGAAAGUGGUGAUCAAGAGAAAAGUCCAUCAGGAAAAAAAAGAAGCUGUUCAACCCGUUUACAAGAACGAAAGCUUCCUUAGGUUGUGAUAAUGUGGAAUAAAAUGCUGUAUGAAGCUAUAGAGAUAAGCACGGGGAAGGGGGGGGUUAAACUGGAUAUUUUAUAUGAUGAAGAUGAAUGAAAUCUACCAGCAUGAGGGAUAUGUGCCAUCCUGGAUUUGGGGGAGGUGGGUGGGAGGGAAGGAAGGGAUGAUUGCUAACCUGCCUGCCUUUUGAGAGACUGAAUCCCUAAAGGAAUGGGAGGCUCUGAAGAAAUGAAAACUGGAAUUAUUUGGAAUGCUUCUGCGAGUUGCAUGAUAGCAAGAAAAAAUAAUGAAAUGGAGGCAUAGAUGGGGAGGGGGGGUUAUGGAGGAAUUAUCUAAAUGGAGGAUAAAAUGUCAAUUUUAGCUGCCUUGUAUUCACAUUCAACUCUUUCUUUUCAAUAUCUUUAUAUAUAACCUGAGCAAUCUUUCUCCAAAAAUCAUUAUUCUUUAGCUUCUUUUUUUUAAAAAGAAAACUGAGAAACUAAUUAAGUGAAUUUAAAUUACAUAUUUCCAUCCUCAACCCACCAUUGAGGUACUGUAAAAAAAAACACCACAGAAAGGGUAUUGUCCAUGUGAGGAUAAAGAAUUUUACUUACGGAACAGAAAUCUCUCCAGGCAGGAAGAAGUUAAAAUAGAAAAUUUAUUUAUUUAUUCCUGGCAAUAGAAUAUUUUUUUCUGUGUCACUUUUGGUUAAUAUUCCAAUGGGGAAAAAUCAUAUAUAUACAUGUAUAUAUGAUAGAAUUGGUAAUUUUUCUUUAUCAUUUGUAGGACUCAACUAGAUCCAGUUACUCUGGUUAUGUACAUUUUUUCCACUGGCUAAUAUUGACAUAUCAGUAUCUUUGAAUAAUAGGAUGUGUUGCUCUGUACUGUUCCUUUUUCCCUUUCCUAACAUUUUAAUCCUUUUUAAAUUAAUUUUAAAUGCACUUAUAUAGAGAUUUAAUUUCCAGCUUUCUUUGACGUUAUAGUAUGACUUUCCUUGACCUAACCAAAUAAUACCAUCCUAUUCUGCUUCUUUCUAAAGCAGCAAAAUCCAGGUAACAUGAGAAUUAAAUUAAUAGAGAAUGCUUUCUAAAUAGAAUUCUAUUGAUGCCAUAGAUUGAGUUAAUUUAACUGAAGUGUUGCUAUUCUGCUUUCAAGAGUUUGUUGAAAGUAGACAGAAGAUAAUUAUCCUUCAAGUGAUAAAGUAUUAACCGUAUAGCCAGAAUACAUUACUUGUAAUCUUCAAGUUUGAAUAACUCAGAUAGGACUUCAGAUACAGAAGAUAGAAGCUUUUUGUCAGAAUCUCUAGCAAGACAAUUGUAUGGGACCAAGACAACAAAUUGCAUCUAGAUGUUAGCACUUGCUGUUUCCUAUUAUUAGGUUUAAUUACAUGUUUCAUAAUUCUCAAAAUCAAAGAAGAGGGGGCGGUAAAAGUUAAAAAUUAUUAAGACACUAAUUAUUAUUUUACAUUAGCGAUAAUCAUGGAGUCAAAGUAUUCAAAGGUGAUUUUUCCAGGCAACUGGGUAAUGUUGCAACCUGGACCACAAAUAAGUGAUCCAUUAUUAGAGGUUGUAAUCCAGCAUCUGAACUAGAAAACAAAAUGUUGCUGUUUGACAGUGACUUGUGCCCAGUCAUUCCCUGCUGAUUCUCUAUUUGCGCAGGAAACAAAAGUUUAACAAGUUUGGCAUAGGAAAAAUCCGUUUUUUCCAAUUGUGGCUAUCAGUAGCCAAAUUAUGAAUGAACCACCAAAAUAUUAUUUUCAAAGAUUGAAGCACUUUGGCAGACGGGAUGGCAUAUCUAACAGACUUUGCAUUUUUUGGAAAUCUUUUCUUAAAUAGAAGAAAAAAAUAUAUAGGCAAAACAAUGAAUAGCAACUGUGCAAUGAAUCAGCUUUCCCUCUCCUGAUUCAUUGUCACAUUUGGAAUGUAGAUCAAUUCCUUUCUAUUUGUGAGGUCAAAGUAAGGAUUGUAUUAAUGUGAGACUUUGCUGUUGCAGUUUUCAUAAUAUUUGUGCAAUGAAAUUGGAAUGAAGACUUUGUAAUUACUUAACUGAAAAAGGAAAUAUGUGACAGGCAAGUGAGAACUAAAUAGGCCUUUAGUCUUACGGCAUCAAACUGGAAAAACACUGGGACUUAGACUGCUCAUACCAUUGUGGCGUCUUGAUUUCCCUUUUGCUAUUUUCCUGACAGUAUGAAAUCAGGAUCCCUGUUUCUCCAGAGUUCAACUGUUCCUGCUGCUUUAGGGCUUGUUUCUCUACUUUCGGCUUGGGCUGUCUAGGGAGCUGCUGUGUUGUAUGAUGCAACCCUUCAGAAAUGCCUGUCAUAGGUCUGGAACCCAAGUGCUGAGGUGAUGGACCGGAGGGGAGUCUGGCAGGUCUGGCGCCAAGAAUUUAGUCAAGAUUUUCAGCAUAGACAAUUUUGAGCCAACCAACUAGCUUGCCAACACAACAGCUUGUAGUCAAACAGCUAAAAUAUGCCCUUUGAAUUUUUCUGAAGUCCCUUCCACAAAAGUACUGGUUUUGGAUAAGAUGGGUAUUAAUAAAUGGGGAAGAAGAGUCAAUCGAGAUUGUCAGGAAGAAAGAUUAUUUUUCUAGUUUUAGCACUUACUAUAUAUUAAGUUGAGGAUCUCGGCACUCAGGUAGAUUUCUAUAUAGAUGACAAAGUUUGGUUCUUUUGUAGGCAAACUCAUACAGCUUUGAUUUCUCUCUUGAAAGUUCCAUAACACUAAAGCAGCAAAGAAGGCAUGGAUGGAUUUUGGGUUGAGGAUAUAUAAGGUGAAAUUCUGCCCCCCACCCCAAAACAGACUCCCACCUCUAUUCCAUUGAUAGGGAGUUUAACGCUGCUCAAGUUGAGCAGAAUCUUAGCACUUCUCAUGGGUUAAAUCCUAAAAGAAGGGAACAGUCGCUUACCCAAGGUGGCAGAGAACAAACUUUCCUGACCCUUUCUGAGCUGUACUGCUUUUCCUCCUCUAGCACUUAUAGACUGAAGCGCUUCGCUCUUUUUCAAAGCACUCAUCAAACAUGCCUUCUCAGCUUCUUAACACUGGCUAAAUUACCCUAACUUAUUAAUCGCAGAAAUGGAGAGUUUUAAACACAUAGAGAAAAACAGUUCUGCAACUGGUAGCAUUCAUAGCUGGAAUACUUAACUUUUCAAUAGCUUAGAAUCUUUUUUUAAAAAGAUGGCUAUUUGGGUUUGGUGGGGUGGUGGGUACUCUUAUUUCAGUAUUUGUUACCUGCAUUAGUCAUUGUUUAGUCUGCAUUCUUGUCAUUUAUCAGGCCCAUACAAAGAUUUAGUGUUUUCUUGAGAAAUAAAUUAAAUAGUUUCUUUUGUAAUGUGCUGCCAAAUCCCACAUUUGGACUACCAGCAGUGCGAAUGACAUAUAUAUGACAGUUUUAACAUUUUAGACAAAGGGAAAAAUGUGCAUAAAUCUUGAAAAGUGAGAUUUGUCUAAAAAAAUGGAUCCUAGCAAUCUUUAUUAUUUGUCUUGGUAUUUUUCUGAAUAUGAAUUCUGAGUAUUUGCUAUUUAGUAAUGCAGAAUAAUACCACUGAUUUAUUUUUCAAUUCCUGACCUAUUAUUUUUUUCGAUCUUUGUGAAUGAACACAAAAUCUGCAAAUAACUGGUAUUUCAACCCUCCUCUGAAGUAUAUUAUAUUGCUCUGGGAAUUUAUAUCAAGAAGUAGCAAGACAUACUUAACUAACAAUCCUGCAAACAUGUAAAAUUCUCUACAUUUUAGCUUCUUGUUUUGCAACAUAUAGUCUACCUUUCAACUCUUAUUGGACUUGGCAUAGAAACAGGCAAUUCAGAGAAAAUGUGAGAGGGCUUUUCUCAAUAAACAUGGCAUAUUAAGAGAUACUGUACUGCUUUCUCUCUGAAUAGAACAAGGUACAUGUUGCAUAGCUUGUAAUUCAAGUAGCUAUGGUAUUCUGUAAAGAAUUAGCAACAGAACAGAAAUUACUUUUAUUUACUAAGCAAUAAUCCCUACAUAUAUCUAGGCACAACUUUUUCCCUUUUAAGUCAAUCCAUAAUACAAAGAUAUAUUUUUAAUUUUCUAGCAGUGAUUAAAAAUGUAUAUCUUGCACAAAAAACUUCCUCACAACUACUGACCCCAAGAAUUUGACAAACAUUGCUGAUGUUUUUAUUUAUAUGUUUAUGUAUGUGUGCACAUAUAAACACAUUCUCUAAAAGUGUAGAAAAUUUGAUGUAGAAAUGAAAAAAUGAAUGACUUCCAAAUCUUUAUUCAGUCAAGCAUUUUUCCUCUAAUAUUAUAUCAGCACUAUCAUUCACAAAAGGUGCCUUUUGAUACUUUACAGACAGGGCACAUAGCACACACAAUCUUUCAUUUUGAUUCCGUGAAAACAACAUUCGAGAUUUCACAUUUCCUGGCUGAAGUUUGAAAGAGUGCAGAUAAUAUUUCCUGACCAUGGAUUUAAGUAGGUUUUUCUACAGUUGGAAAAUAAGUAUACGACAUGAAUAGGAAGAAUGUAUCUAAGAUUAAUAAUGCCCAGCUAUAAAAUCAUUGGUCUUAAGAGUUAUUCUGUAAAAGCAGAAUAAAGGGAUAGGGCUAUGAGACGUUUCAUUUAAAAAUUAGUAAAAAUGCUGGAGUUCUCCAGGAAAUGAAAUUAAACUGCUAGAAAAGAAAUUUAACAAUAUUGAAACUAUGGGAAUAGCAAUGUGCAAAUUUAUUUGAGACAGGAAAUUUAUUAAUCUACCUCUGUAACAUUUGUUUGAGAGAAAUUCUUCUUAUUGUAGUAACCUUUCUUACUAUCUAAUAUCUAGUAGGCCUUAGUUUCAACCAUUCACCGUGACAAAGAACAUGUCAUCCAGAAGCCCAACAAAAUGUUCUUUCCUUAACCAUUUCUCCAUAUCUUGUGGGGAGAUGGGCAGCAAAUAAUUUAAUAAAUACAUUUUUUAAAAAAAUAUUUUUUUUGUUGAUUCAGAGAAGGCACUGAUUUGUGGCUAUGGUUAUCAGAUUUUUAACUUUAUUCCUCUUUCAGACAGAUAUGGCACAAUGCCACAUACUUUAGUACACACACACACACACACACACACACACACACACACACACACACACACCUGUCCUGUGAAAACUGAAGAUAGCAAUGAUCAAACUGGACCUCUAACAGUAGGAUUUACAGAUGAGUAUUUUCCAAUGUCCAAUCAAGAAAAAGUUCUGCCCUAUUUUGUUGGCGUGCAGGGGAAACAUGUUGAAUGUACUGUACUACAACAAUUUUAAAAAAUACCUGAAAGAACUGAAUUACUGUACAUUCUUAAGUCGAUUUGUUGAAGCUAGUUACUUGGACUGUUAUAAUUCUAAAUAGCUUACUAAAUACCAAAACCUACCAUUCUGCUAAUCAGAGGGGACCAUUAAGACACUAUAAGCAUUGAAAGCAAAGGCUUUGCUUUGUCUUAUAGGUAGCAUUGUAUUAAGCCACUUCAACCUGUUAUGGCUAAUGUGCAUCAUGAUGAAGAGAGAAUAUUCUACUUGAAUUUUACAUGCAAAGAUACACAUCAUAGUGGAGCAAAUAUGAUUUGCCCUUUUGUCCAUCUAUUAGUACAGUUAGUUAGUUAGUCUCUUUAGUAAUAGUUCCCUACUGGCGCAAAGAUCCAAAGCCAUUUGGGAUUCUUUUGAGACAUGCAAAUUGAUCCUAUGAAUGUUUACUUAGAUACAAACCAUGUUAUUUCAGUGGCACUUAUUUGCAAUAAGUGUUUAGGACUGUAGCCUUAGGCAGCAAUGAUACAGCCCGUACUAUUGUAUAAAAAGAACUCUGUAUCUGAAAGAUCAUAAUUUCCUGUUCGAUGCUGACUAACAUUUACCGGCCACAUUAAAUAUAACAGACUGAAUAGCUGGGUAAGUCUUUCUUGAACUAUGGAUGCUUUCUUUCUGGGAUUUGGGUGGUUUCAUUCCCUGCUUCUUCUACUGCCCAAUGGUGCUAAACUAGAAAGGUAAGAUCCAACUUAUCUGCUACUAAUAGGUCUUUCCAAUGGGAUUGUAUUUUGCUUUGGGUAAUCUGACUCACAAAAGGCAGACAGGCAUAAUUAUUUCUGGAGGCGUGCUUGUAAAUAUCAGUCCUGCAAGUAUAUUAUUAUUUACUUUGUUUAUAUUAGUGUCCAUAAAUGUCAUAGAAGGAUGUGUGAGAAUACGUAUGUGUGUGAGUGGACGCAUAAUGUGCCUGCGUGUGUGAGCUGAAGAAAUGAGACUGAAGAUGAUAACAUGGGCUAAGUUUUGUUUAUUUUAAUCACAUGACCAAAAGGCCAUUCUCUGGUUAAGAUUGUGUUUAUAUUUGUUUGUUUUGAUGACAUGACCAAACACAGCACUUGAACAUCAAAAAUAAAAAUUUAAAUAUUAAAAGAAAUAUAUUAAAAAAAAAAAAGAGUUCAGAGCUUUUCACUCCAAUCCAGCACCAGGGACAUACACUGCUGUCAUUUUAACCUUUCUAGGCAGCUUAUUGGUUGUCUUAAACAGAAGAGGCUGCCAACUAGGGAAAACUGAGAUUCCAAGGGAAAACUGAUUCUACGACAGCAUGUUAUGGUGCCGUCUAGUAAUUUUGGCUGGGAAAAGGUGGUUUUGGGCCAUGGCAGACAUUAUUGAACAGGGACUGUUGUACUUGAUCAGUGAAUUCUUUCACACCUCCUCACUAUCACCCUGACCUGCCUUUUUCUACAAAAUGGAUGCUGGUUCACUUUGGAAGUAAUAUAGGCAGUCCCAUCAGAACAUAUGGAAGCCUCAGAGACUUUGCAGGAGUGAAGCAAAGCGCCUGGACUUAAAAUGUUGAAUGUUCACUGUAAAAAUUUCUGUACUGAGAGACUGCUUUGGGCUAAGGUACCAUUUGCACUAUGGAAGGUUAAAGAAAAAUUUUAAGAGAAUAGGAGGGGUUUCCCCUUUUAUGAUACACACUAGAGCUGAAGAGAUACUUUUAUGUCUGUGUUUUCUCUUUUUGUAAAGACCGUGUGCGAGGACUAGUAUGUAUGAAUUUUGAUGUAGAUCCCUCUCUGAGGAAGGAAAUUUGCUAUGUAGUUCUGCAAACAUAACAAUCAUAUGUUUUACCUAACUUCCAAGUCACAAAGUGUUUUGUUACCACUAAAUCCAACUUUAAUAGGAUUAUAUUUUAGUUCUCCACAGAUUGUAUUUAGAUGAACUAUACUGAAAACCCUAAAUAAUUAAAGAAAUAGCCAGUUAAUGUCCAGUUAGGCUUUUUCUGCUGAGUUGUCAUGGAUGAGAGAGAAGACUCUAUGAAAUCAUUAGUCUGGAAGAAAGGGCUAAAGCUAACGUUUACAAUAACUUACUGCUCCUACGUUAUUAGGAAAUCAGGAGUAAAAAAAAAAAUGCACCCCUUUCCUUUUUUGCAAUGAUACUUUUUAAACAAAUAUUUCAAUAUACAUCUAGUACUUAGGACGCCUGAAACCCUUUGCAGACUUCUUCACCAAAUCUGGUGAAAUUUUAAGUUACAUUCGUUUUAACUAUGUGUCUCAUCAAAAAGAAGAGGGCUUCUCAUUCAUCGGUAUUGCGAGUUUUAAGUGAUAUGUUUAAAGUUUUAAAGAAUUUGCAAAUGAAGGAAACGCUAAAGGCAUAAGAAGGAUCAUUUGGUUUAAUACCAAUUUAUAUUUUAAAAAAGCACCAUAGUCUUGUUAACCUCUUGCUGAUAUUUUUUAAGUUACAUUUUUUUUCUUAUUUCCAUCUUAUUUGUCACUGUUGAAAAU